AUGGCGCCUCUGCAAGGUCUGUUGCUUGGGGUUUGGGUUUUGCUUAUCAAUACCAGUACGGGCCCUGCCCAGUCCAACACCAGUGAUGCCAGUGCUGCGACAAGCAUGACACUCAACGCUUCAAAGUGUUUGGACAUCUCCACGUGUGACGGCUGGCGUGGCUUGGAGGAUGGCAGAAGAACUGCGACGCAGCUCCUCCAGGCGCACGUCAGCAGAUUGAAGGGAAGGGGGCCAAGUGGAACAAGUGGUAGCCAGUUCAGCAUGUCGUCCUCGCCGAUGAUGCAAUCGCCUGAGAUCCAAGAAGUUUUUUACGUUGUGGCUGGGAUCCUCCUGUUGUGUUUCUUGCUGGUGCUGAAGUUCGCCAGUGUGGACCUCCUGGUGGGCAUCGCAACCUUCCUGGACCACUUCAUGACGACCGGCCUUUUGCCCUUCGCACCGACAGUGACGUCGAACUACCAGCUUAUUGCGGUGCUGCAAAGUUCCAAGAAUGUCGUGGCUUGCUUGCUGGUGCCUUUUGUUGGCAGGUUCAUCGAUCGGCGCGAAGCGAAGUCCGUGCAGCUUGGGAUGCUGUGUGCCAUGCUCUGCAGCCUAGGUUUUGCCCUGAAGAAGAACUACACCUUAUGGGUGGCGAUGCGCACCCUGAGUGGAUUCUCAACGGCAGCACUUCUUUGGGGGGGCUUUGCGUAUCUCAACCGAGUCUACGCCAGCGACCCGACCGCCCGUGUCAAGGCGGUGUCGACAGCAAUGGCUGGCGUUUAUGCCGGGGUGGUUGCCGGUCCACAAGUUGCUGGGAUAUUUGAUGACUCACGUCUGAUGUUUCUCCUCCUCUCGGGCGUGCAGAUGUCUACAUGGUUGACUCUUCGAUACCGAUUGCCAGAGCUGUCGCAGCUCCAAGAGCCGAUCCCGAAGCCGACUGAACCAGCAGCGACGGUUGACAUGCUGGAGCUGAUCGCGGACCCAGAAAUCAGAAAGCCAACCGUUGCCCUCUUUCUAGGCUUAGCCUUGGAGGGUGCAGUAACUGCCACAACUUGGGAGUACAUGACAAGCCUGGGAUAUGAUCACGUGAAGCAGAACCUGACAUGGCUGAUGGUGACAAUUCCGGGCGUCAUCGCUGUGAACCUUGUUCCCGUGCUUCGGUCGGUUGCAGACGGUCAGACGUUGCAGAUUUUAGCGCUUCUCUUCGGUGGGGCAAGUGCGCUGGUGUACUUCGGCACCCACUACAUGUUGCUGGCUCUCACCUUGCUUGGCACCAGCGGUGCGUCCGGCUUCUUAAAUGGAAAUGCAGCAGCUAUGUUGGCCGAUCGAAGCCAGGAGAAGUACCACGGCACGGGUCAGGUGUUCGUUCUGUCCACCACAGCAGACCAAGCCGCCUGGAUUGUCGGGCCCUUGGUAGGCAGCUCUUUGUGCCGAUACGCAGGCUUCGAAGUGAUGUGCCACGUCGUUGGCGCUUGCCUGGUGCUCUACGGCAUCCUCGUGUCGCGGCUUGGCGAAGGGCCGGAGGCGAAGCAGAAAACGACCUCGGCAUCUGAUCCUGAGCCGGGUGCGCCCGCCGAAGCCAAGAGAUCGCAGUGA